CUGUACUCAUGUUCAUGUUGCUUCAGGUCAUCACUUCAUUCCCUACACUUCUUCCAUUACCAUGAUCGAAUAUCAUAUUGAUUUUCAAGGUCAAAACCUUGCGGAACAAAUCACCCAGGGUGUCAUCUCAGCAUUUGGUGCAAUCGGGUUCAUAGUCGGUAUUUUGCUUCAGGAUAUUCGCGUGUCGCUGUACAUUUUUUCUGCGGGCGUGAUUCUGACCGCUUUGCUCGUGAUUCCUGCCUGGCCAUAUCUCAACAGGAACCCCAUCAAAUGGCUGCCUAGCAGAGAGAAGACAGCAAUUACUGUGUCAAAAGAACAUGAGACAUCUACUUCAGAGGAUAUCAAAGAAAAAUUGUCAUGAACAGCUCUCUGCAUUUUAUUACAAAGGUCUACAACUUCUAGUUAUUAUAACGACAAUACUACAUAAAUAUCCGAGAAAUGUCUA